UGAUCAUGUCUAAGUUACAUUUAAUAACUGUGUUGGCACUGGUGUGCAGAUGGUGGCUACACUGCAUGGUUGCUCAGUUGCUAUAUGUGAUAAGAUCAAGCAGUCAGCUGAAGGGGCUAUUCAAGCUGUUGUUGAAUUUGUUACAAAGAGAGGGGGGGAAUUGACUGAAAUUGAUAUCUCAAGGACAACCCAAUCAUUGAUCUCUGCUGUUGUGCAUGCAACUGACAAGCAUUUGCGUGUGGAAACUCUUGGAGCUAUUUCUUCUUUGGCUGAAAACACUAGCUCAAAAACUGUUUUUGAUGAAGUCCUGGCUACUGCUGGAAGGGAUACGAUCACAAAGGAUAUAUCUAGGUUACGUGGAGGAUGGCCCAUGCAGGAUGCAUUCUAUGUAAGUCUCAUUGUGUUAGAAUCUGUUUUAUUUCUAUUAGAAUCAUUGUUUCUUAUUAGUUAUAUUUUUUUCCUUAUUUAGCAGAUUAUAAUUAUUU